GAAGAAGACACAUUUCAGGGGCUAACCUCAAAUCCGUCAUCAUCCAGCAAAGCAGACCCGGUGGAGGAGGAGGAAGAAGAAAAAAAAUGGCGUUCACAUUCGCGGCCUUUUGUUACAUGCUGGCGUUACUGCUCACGGCGGCGCUCAUCUUCUUCGCCAUCUGGCAUAUAAUUGCGUUUGACGAGCUGAAGACGGACUACAAGAAUCCCAUAGAUCAGUGUAACACCUUAAAUCCGACAAUUGAAAAGAUCAAAAAGAUUAAGAGAAUGAAAAUUGCGUUGAAGCUGGUGCUCCCAGAGUAUCUCAUCCAUUUCUUCUUCUGCGUCAUGUUCUUCUGCGCAGCCGAGUGGCUCACACUCUGCCUCAACCUGCCCCUGCUGGCCUAUCACGUCUGGAGGUACAUGAGCAGACCCGUGAUGAGCUGUCCUGGGCUCUACGACCCGACGACCAUCAUGAAUGCCGACAUCCUGGGGUUCUGUCAGAAGGAAGGCUGGUGCAAGCUCGCCUUCUACCUCCUGUCCUUCUUCUACUAUCUCUACGGUAUGAUCUACGUCCUGGUGAGCUCCUAAGGUCAAGCAGGUGCCGAGACAUGGGGACACUCAGAUGUCAGUGCUGGACACGGCAGCGGCUACAGACCAUCGCCAAGUCAGCAACACUACUAAGACGCCAUCUUGAAUCUGUGGCCUGCAGUGUCAGCUCACAGCACCGUCGUUCAACAUUUUAUGGACAGGACCCCGCAAAGGACUAUUGUGCCCCCAUCGUGCCCGCCCCCCGAACCUCCCUUUUUCUUGGAGCUAAUGAUGGUGUUAACGGUGAGGUUCUGCUACGUCAAUAAGAGCGCUUACUAGCUACAUUUCCCAGUAGGUUCAGUUAACUCCAGCAUGAGACACUGGGGACGUGUGCGUCAAUGCACAGGGACAGUUUGAACAUCGUCACAUCAUCUGUGGUAUAAAAGCUGUGUGUUAGACUCACGACCAAGUCAAAGGUACACUCAACAAUGAAAAGUGAUGCAUUCCUACUUCCUGCACCACUGUUGUUGUUGAAUGCACUUUUAUUAUUUUGUGCUUUUGUCCAACGCCAACGUAGAAAUCCCGUGUUUUGUUUUUCUUUUUGUGCGUAUUUGUAUCUUCUGGCAGCACUCCUCACUAUUUCAAUGUUUUGUUCAGACGCUUAAGGCCAUCAGACAACAAAGAAAAGUGUCUGUUGACAUGUUCAAAUGUGUACAUUUUGUGUCCAGAGAACAGGGUGAACCCUCUUCAUGUAUCACAUCCCAAAAUGUCACCUCAAAAACACUUGACGAGUUUGACAAAAUAAAACCAUCCCACUCUG